UAAUCUACACAAUCCCACUGAAGAAUUAAACGAGCUUCAUAAGAGGUCAGUUUUAGCGAUAGCUCGGUACUAGUAGUAUCAGCUUACGGUUUUUGACCAAAACUUUACGUACAAAGAUGGACCAAAUCAAGGCAAAGUGCCCUGUUUUCCAAGCAGGUAAAGCUUGUCCCUACAAUGUACCUGGAAUUAAAGGUCUUGCAGCUGGUUGUCCAGAGUUUAAGAAAGCGGGAUGCCCGUUUAAAGACGUCGAAAAUGUUGAAGAAUUAAAGCAAAAGAUGGGCAAGAUGAGAGAUGAUUGCAAAGGUAAAGCUAAAUACGACGAAGCCCUAACGGUUAUUCAAGGUGUUAGCAAAGAACAAGCUKCCAAACAUGGCCACUGCCCAUUCUUCAAGGAUGGUUGUYCAUUCCUGAGCGAUAAUGAUGGAAAACCAAUCUCGAGUGAUAUUACAACAUUGGACUACAUCAAGGAGCACUGCCCAGUCUUUCAGCAAGGUCGCUAUUGCCCCUAUAACAUCCCUUGCCUUAAAGGACUUGGAAAAGGAUGCCCCGAGUUCAAAAACGGGUGUCCAUUCAAGGACGUGAAGACCGUUGGCGAGUUCAGAGAAAAGAUGGGUCAGAUGAGAGAUCAGUGUAAAGGAACUGACAAUUACAGGAAGGCAUUAGAGAUGAUCACUGGUGCCUCAGGUGCAGAAGUUGCUACAUUCGGCCGAGGGUGUCCCUUUUUCAAGUCUGGAUGCAUGUUUGCCAGUGAUGAG